AUGAUAGCAAACGAUGCUUCUGAUCCUAUUUUAUGUCAUUGUUUUCCUACCUUUUUAGACAGUCCUGCACUUGAUUGGUUUUCAUCUUUGCCCGCAGGUUCAAUUUCAUGCUUUCAGGAGCUCGCUAAGCAAAUCAAAGAUCAGUUCGCUGCAUCUUCCAUCUAUCUACAUGAUUCCGACUAUCUGAACACUAUCAAGCAAGGACAUCACAAAAGUUUAAAGGAGUAUGUCACCCACUUCACAAAAGUAGUGAUGAGCAUCCCAAACCUUCACCCUGAAGUACACCUGUAUGCUAUAAAAAGCAGACUCCGCCCUGAGAAGUUCCAACAAGCCAUCACAGUGGCCAAACCCAAAACCUUGGCCGAGUUUCGAGAGAAAUCCAAGGGUCAAAUGGAGAUUGAAGAGCUACGCCAAGCUCGAAAAUCCUAG